AUGUAAAUAUAAAAUACAGAAUAGAACACAAAUAUUUAUCAUAAUUCUACAUAUCAUUUUCGAUAUCUCUUAAAUUUUACAAAUCUGUUCUCAAAAUAAUUAUUACAAUAAUCAAAUAUGAAAUUUUUAUUAAAAGUUCAUAUGUAAAAUAUAAUAAAAUAGAGAUUAAAAUUUAGAAUAAGAUGA